AUGGCAAAUUCUGAACGUGCUUGCUCGCAGGUUUUCUGCAUCCAGGAUCUGAAAGAAGCUGCAUCGCAAAAGAUGUCCAAGAUGAAUAGGGAUUAUUACAACGGCGGAGCGAUGGACAACAUAACCCUGGCGAACAAUGAGGCCGCAUUCGACCGCUAUUUGAUACGGCCUAGAGUUUUACGUGAUGUAUCGAGUAUUGAUACUAGUACUAAAGUCUGGGGAUCCACUGUGACAUUUCCACUCGGGUUCUCUCCCUCUGCAAUACAAAGACUAGCACACAGUGACGGCGAAGUCGGCACAUCAAAGGCAUGUGCAGCCCGCCAGGUACCCAUGUGUCUGUCAGGUCUCUCCAAUGACCGUCUCGAAGACGUCAUCACGCAGAGUACUGAUGGAUUGACUCCUUACGCCAUUCAAAUCAGUCCGUUCAAGGAUCGUAAGAUCAUGUCGAACAUCCUCUCCCGAGCGCAAGCUGCUGGGUACAAGGCCGUGGUCUUGACUGUGGAUGCACCGAUGUUUGGCCGACGGCUAAGCGACUUGCGCAAUGGUUUUAAGGUGCCAGAUGGCAUGACCUUUCCGAAUCUUACCUCGCAAUCCUCAUCAGAGUCUCAAGGUCUUGGGGGCAACGUCCCCGACCUCUCCUUUGAUACCACAGCCACGUGGGAAACCGAGAUUGCAUACCUGAGAAGUGAAACGAACAUGGAAGUUUGGGUUAAAGGGGUGACAACUCCUGAUGACCUUGCACUGGCAAUACAGCACGGCGUUGACGGAGUCAUAAUCUCCAAUCACGGUGGCAGGCAAUUGGAUAGUAUGCCUGCAACAGUGGAUAUCCUUCGCGAGUGUGCACCGAUUGCUAAAGGAAAAAUACGUCUCGCUAUUGACGGAGGCAUUCGACGUGGCUCAGACAUUUUCAAAGCAGUCGCGCUUGGUGCUGAUUUUGUCCUGGUUGGACGAAUUGCAAUUUGGGGCUUAGCAUACGACGGCCACAAAGGGCGGACAUCAGCUUAG